AUGGGCGGCGAGGCAGGGUCCGCGGCGGCUGUGGGCUCCGAGGGCCGCGUGAAGAGCCUGGGUCUGGUAUUCGAGGAUGAGCGCAAGGGCUGCUACUCGAGCGGCGAGACGGUGGCGGGACACGUGCUGCUGGAGGCGGCCGAGCCGGUGGCCCUGCGGGCGCUGCGUGAAGGCAUCCUCUUAUUACAGCCUGGAAAACAUGAAUUUCCAUUUAGCUUUCAGCUUCCAUCUGAACCUUUAGUAACCUCAUUCAGCGGGAAAUACGGAAGUAUUCAGUACUGCGUGAGAGCAGUUUUGGAACGACCCAAGGUACCUGAUCAGAGUGUGAAGCGGGAACUUCAGGUUAUUAGUCACAUCGAUGUCAACACACCAGCAUUAUUAACCCCUGUAUUGAAAACUCAAGAGAAAAUGGUUGGCUGUUGGUUUUUCACUUCUGGUCCAGUCUCGCUGAGUGCCAAAAUUGAAAGGAAGGGAUACUGUAAUGGAGAAGCUAUUCCAAUCUAUGCGGAGAUAGAGAAUUGUUCCUCCCGCCUCAUCGUUCCCAAAGCUGCCAUUUUCCAAACGCAGACGUAUUUGGCCAGCGGGAAGACAAAGACCGUCCGGCACAUGGUCGCCAACGUGCGAGGAAACCACAUCGCCUCUGGGGGCACCGACACGUGGCAUGGGAAGACUCUAAAAAUUCCGCCUGUUACUCCGUCCAUCCUGGAUUGCUGCAUUAUCAGAGUAGACUAUUCCUUAGCUGUGUAUAUUCACAUUCCUGGUGCUAAAAAACUGAUGCUUGAGCUGCCCUUAGUGAUUGGCACAAUCCCAUAUAACGGUUUUGGGAGCAGAAACUCCAGCACCGCCAGCCGGUUCAGCAUGGACAUGAGCUGGCUGACGCUGACGCUGCCAGAGCAGCCGGAAGCGCCACCCAAUUAUGCAGACGUGGUGUCCGAGGAAGAAUUCUCUCGACACGUCCCUCCUUACCCUCAGCCCCCUGACUGUGAGGGAGAAGCAUGCUGCCCUAUGUUUGCCUGCGUACAGCAAUUCCGCUUCCAGCCUCCCCCUCUCUAUUCAGAGGUUGAUCCUCACCCUGCUGAUGUAGAAGAGACCCAGCCUGUGUCUUUCAUUCUCUGA